AUGGGAAGAAGCCUCCGGCAACUGCAGCUUCCGGCGGCGGCGGCGGCGGCGGCGGGUGGCCCUCCUUCCUCUUCCUCCUCCUCGUUCCGGCGCCACAGCCGGAGCUCUUCCGUGUCUUCAAGCUUCCGGAGGGACCGAUACUGCGAUGACGUGGAGUUGACGGAGGAUGAGGUCAGCAACGUUGCCCUCCAGUGGGCGGCGGUGGAGAGGCUCCCGACUUUCGAGCGCCUCCGCUCCUCUCUCUUCCUCCACGGUGGUGGGAAGGGCGCGGCGGCGGCGGCGGUGGUGGACGUGAGGAAACUGGGCGGGCUGGAGAAGCAUGUGUUCAUGGAGAAGCUGAUCCAGAGGAUCGAAGACGACAACCUUCGGUUGUUGCAGAAGAUUAGGAACAGAGUAGACAAAGUUGGGGUGAGGUUGGAGAGGGUGGAGGUGAGGUUCAGAGACGUUGGUGUGGAAGCAGAGUGCAAGGUGGUCAACGGGAAACCACUUCCAACGCUGUGGAAUACGCUGCCACGGAAAGCAGAACUUCAAAUCAUCCACAAUGUUAGUGGCGUCAUUAAGCCUGGAAGGUUAACUCUGUUGCUUGGACCGCCUGGCUGUGGGAAGACUUCCCUCCUAAAGGCUUUGUCAGGGAAUCUCAGCCCUUCUCUCAAGGUUCAUGGUGAGGUUUGUUACAAUGGGUACAAGCUGGAUGAGUUUGUGCCUCAGAAGACUUCAGCUUACAUCAGUCAAUAUGAUGAGCACAUCCCUGAGAUGACUGUGAGGGAGAUUCUCGAUUUCUCGGCUCGCUGUCAGGGAGUCGGAAUUCGCCUAGAGAUGAUGGAGGAAGUAAGCAGAAGAGAGAAGCAAGCUGGGAUUGUCCCUGAUCCUGAUAUCGACACUUACAUGAAGGCCAUUUCAGUGGAAGGGCUAAGAUCAAAUCUCCAGACGGAUUACAUAUUGAAGAUCCUUGGACUUGACAUCUGUGCUGAUACACUAGUUGGAGAUGUCAUGAGAAGGGGCAUCUCAGGUGGUCAGAAGAAAAGACUCACUACAGGGGAAAUGAUGGUUGGUCCAACAAGAGCUCUAUUCAUGGACGAAAUCACAAACGGCUUAGACAGCUCCACCGCGUUUCGAAUCGUUUCCUGUCUGCAACAAAUGGUCCAUAUCACAGAUGCCACAGUUCUGGUCUCGCUUCUCCAGCCAGCCCCCGAGACGUUCGUGCUCUUCGACGACUUGAUUCUGAUGGCAGAAGGCAGGAUCGUGUACCAUGGUCCGCGCCAACAUGUCCUCGACUUCUUCAUGGACUGUGGCUUCAAGUGCCCUGAGAGGAAAGGCGUUGCAGAUUUCGUCCAAGAGGUCAUUUCUGAGAAGGACCAGUCACAGUACUGGGAUAGCACACAACAUGUCCCUCACAGUUAUGUCUCGGUUGAAGCAUUCUGCAACAAGUUCAAGGCAUCUACUUAUGGAAAGAAGCUGGAUGAAGAGCUUGCAGUGCCUUAUGACACCAAGUCACAAACCAAUGACACUGCAAUAUCUUUCAACAGAUACUCACUUUCCAAGUGGGAGCUCCUCAGGGCUUGCUCCUCAAGGGAAUGGCUUCUCAUGAGAAGGAAUUCCUUCACCUACGUAUUCAAAACAGUCCAGCUCGUGAUCACUGCCGUGAUUGCAAUGACUUUGUUUCUACGAACCCGGAUGGAUGUCGAUGUUGUCCAUGCGAAUCUCUACAUGGGUUCCUUGUUCUAUGCCCUUAUUAUAUUGGUUACAGAUGGGAUACCUGAGCUGCCCAUGACUAUCCAAAGGCUUGAAGUGUUCCACAAGCAAAAGGACUUGUACUUCUAUCCGGCUUGGGCUUAUGCAAUCCCUGCAAGUCUCCUCAAAAUCCCCAUUUCGUUGCUGGAAUCUCUGGUUUGGACGUGUCUCACUUACUAUGUCAUUGGUUAUAGCCCAGAAGCUGUGAGGUUCUUUCGCCACUUCCUUAUACUUUUCGGUGUGCAUUUGAGUUCGGUAUCCCUCUUUCGAUUCAUAGCCUCGGUCUACCAGACUCAUGUUGUUUCCAUGGCUGCUGGUAGCUUUGCCAUACUGUUCUUGUUGAUGUUUAGUGGCUUCGUGAUUGCAAAGCCAUCCAUGCCCAUUUGGAUGAAAUGGGUAUUCUGGAUUUCCCCUGUCACAUAUGGAGAGAUAAGCCUAAGUUUGAACGAGUUUCUCGCCCCGAGAUGGCAAAAGAUGGCAUCUGGGAACGUGACCAUAGGAAAUUCCAUCCUUGAGAGCCGAGGACUUAACUUCCAAGCCGAUCUCUAUUGGGUUUCAGUUGGAGCAUUGUUUGGAUUCACGUUGUUAUUCAACAUUGGUUAUGUCUUGGCUUUGAGUUACCUAAAAUGUAGAAUGGCAUUACCUUUCACACCACUGACAGUUGUUUUUGAAGAUGUUCAGUACUUUGUUGACACUCCCAUGGAAAUGAGAGAAAGGGGAUUCACUAGCCCAAGACUUCAACUUCUUUCUGAUAUCACUGGGGCAUUAAGUCCUGGAGUACUUACAGCAAUGAUGGGAGUGAGUGGUGCUGGAAAGACAACCCUUCUAGAUGUUCUUGCAGGCAGGAAAACCAGUGGCUACAUUGAGGGACAGAUCAAGAUUGGAGGGUACCCUAAAGUUCAAGAAACAUUUGCUAGGGUUUCUGGUUACUGUGAGCAGACUGAUAUCCAUUCUCCUCAGAUAACAGUGGAGGAAUCAGUUAUGUUCUCUGCCUGGAUGCGGCUAUCACCCGAGAUAGACUCCAAAACUAAAGCUGAGUUUGUGAAUGAGGUGAUAGAGACCAUAGAGCUUGAGGGGGUAAAGGAUGCUUUGGUUGGGAUCCCUGGGGUUAAUGGUCUAUCAACCGAGCAGAGAAAACGACUGACCAUAGCAGUGGAGCUCGUGGCCAAUCCAUCAGUCAUAUUCAUGGAUGAACCCACAACAGGAUUGGAUGCAAGAUCUGCUGCAAUUGUAAUGAGAGCAGUUAAAAACAUUGUCGAUACCGGUAGAACAAUUGUUUGCACCAUCCAUCAGCCGAGCAUUGACAUAUUCGAGUCCUUUGAUGAGCUCAUUCUAUUAAAAGCCGGUGGAAGGAUCAUAUACUCUGGACCAAUGGGGCACCACUCAAGUAGUGUGAUAGAGUACUUUGAGGGAAUUGAAGGGAUUCCAAACAUCAAAAGAAACUAUAAUCCUGCAACAUGGAUGUUGGAAGUUACUUCGGAAUCUUCAGAGGCUAAACUUGGAGUUGAUUUUGCCUUGUUAUACAAGCAAUCAACCCUCUUCGAAACUAACAAGGAGAAAGUGAGUAGAAUGAGCAGCCCACCUCCCGGCUCAAGAGAUCUCCACUUCACUACCGAAUUCUCGCAGAACGGAUGGGGCCAAUUCAAAGCUUGCCUGUGGAAACAACACUUAUCUUACUGGAGGAGCCCUGGGUAUAACUUAAUGCGACUGCUCCAUACAUUUGCUUCGGCUCUGAUCUUUGGGUUGUUGUUUUGGGACCAAGGCCAGAAAAUAAACGACCAGCAGAAUUUGUUCAACAUGUUUGGUUCAAUGUACAUUGGGGUGAUCUUCCUGGGGAUAAACAACUGCUCGUCGGUGCUCCAAUAUGUCGCGACAGAGCGAACCGUGAUGUACAGGGAGCGGUUUGCAGGGAUGUACUCCACUUGGUCGUUCUCGUUUGCACAGGUUGCUGUAGAAAUCCCGUAUCUGUUUGCACAAGCUCUAGUAUUCACAGCAAUCACAUAUCCGAUGAUUGGAUACUACUCGUCAGCAACGAAGGCUUUCUGGUUCUUCUAUGCUAUCUUUACUUCGCUGAUGUACUUCAACUAUCUGGGGAUGUUGCUUGUGUCGCUGACACCAAACUUCAUGUUCGCUGCCAUCUUCCAAUCUGUUUUCUACGCUAACUACAACCUCUUCGCCGGGUUCCUGAUUCCUCGACCUAGGAUACCAAAAUGGUGGAUAUGGCUUUAUUACUUGACCCCAACUUCUUGGUCCCUCAAUGGACUGCUGACUUCACAAUACGGAGACAUACACAAGGAGCUGACGGUUUUUGGGGAAACCGAGACGGUUGCUGGGUUCCUGAAGAGUUACUUUGGAUUCGACCAUGAUCAGUUGGGUCUGGUAGCUGCUGUGCUCAUUGCUUUCCCGCUUGCCUUCGCUUCUCUUUUCGCGUACUUUAUGGGAAGAUUCAACUUCCAGAGAAGGUAGUAGUACUGCACAAGCCGAAUGGAACGUCCUGCAGAAGCAGCUGGAAAUCUGUGAUGUAUAGACGCCAAGAGCAUCGAUCUAAAGUAAACGAACGAGAUAGCAAGAUACAGACCCACGUCGACCUAUUUGUGUGUAUGUAUAUAUUCUUAAAUGUCAU